CGUGCCUCUCGUAUCGCCGUAUUUAAGAAUCAUGCAAGUCUUUAGCGCAGUGAUGGUAGUGGUAGUGGCCGUGCUUGCGGCAACGACAAAUGCUUCGGAAGAUGAGCCUACAUGCCCCGAAAAGGAUGACAUAUUCAACCCGGUUCACUUUCCCCAUCCGACCAGCUGUAAAAAGUUUUACAAAUGCUUCAAUGGCGAAAAGGUCGAGAUGGAGUGCCCCGCUGGGCUUCACUGGAACAUUGCGAAAGACUACUGCGACCAUCCGUCGGAAGUGGAUUGUGUUCGUCCGCUUCCAUUCCAUGCCAUCAUCUAAUGCGACGAUAAUGUAAAUUACCCAACCCAAAGAAUAAACGAUUGUUUGAUACA